AAUAAGGACAACAAAGACUCGAAGAAAGUGAAAGUACAUAUUGAAAGUAUGAGAAAAUUAGAGGUGUGUAUGUUAAAUAAAAUUAAAAACGGAAAAUUAGGAAUACAAAUAACUUUUUUUGUGGAGUAAAAGGAUUUUGAUUUGAUAAUUAUUUUUUUAAAAUAAGUGUGGAAAAUGGAAAAUCGAUCCCUUGCAUUAAGAUUAGUGGCUGAAGCAGUACAUUUAGACAGCAAUGGGUUUUCUCAUGCAGCAUUUGAAAAGUACGUCCAGAGUCUUCAAGCUUUAGCAAUAUAUUUGAAUGAAAUGUUUAACUCUCUUGGUUUUGAAAAGAUGAUGGAAAAGAUUCGUGAAAUGAAGCAUGUUCUAAGUAUGAUUCAUGAGUGUUCAGAUAGAUUAACUGCCAUUUCAGAUAAAACAGUUCAGUCUCCAUCUGCUCCAAGUCUACCUGUUCUAAAAUCAGACAGAAGUGUGACACUAAGAAAGUCAAGAGAAAAUCUUAAUCUGUUUAAACUUCCAGCUAUUGAGAAACUCCAAAAUGAAAACACGACACUCUUUAAACAGUAUCAAUGGCGCAUUGAAAGAGCGAAAGAUAAUUACGCAAGAACAAAUCUGAAACUAGAACUUGAGAGACGAAUAGCUGAAAAUGAUGUCAUAGCGAAGAAAAAAUUUGAUAUAGCUGUAAAACAAUUACAAAAAGAGCGAGCAAGCGUUGCGGAACAAGAAAUGAAAAAGUUUUUUGGAAAUCAGCAACUUCUGAGUGAAAGUGAAAGAGAAAAACGAGACCUCUUUGUAUCCGUUAUAGAAUAUACAAAAACUGAAACAUGGCCUUGCACCUGGAAAUUAAAUUAUUGGGAAAUUUCUGACGUGGAUGCUGUGAAAAAAAUAUUCGAAACAACAAUGAGAUGCAGUGAUCAUCCCUUGUCCCAAUGGAUAACAAUGGUUAAGACAAACAUAAAAAGAGAUGUAGACGCAAGUUUAAGACAUUAUUCUCUAUUCGAGAAGCUUUUACCAAGUGUAGACUUAAAUGGUGAAGGAAAUUUAUUGCAUGUUGAAGACUAUCCAGAUGAAUUGGUCUUUUGCAAAGAUUCGGAAAAAACUGGCAUUGCCAAGCAUAAUUUAGUAACUCUCCAGAAAGCUUUAGUCUCCAUUUCUUCAGAAAUUAUGUACACGAUAAGCUGUGUUGCUGACAUAUUUUAUUUGGCUUACAAAUCGCUCCUCCCUUUGGACUCAGAGGAAAUUUGCUUGAGCUUCGUAGAACAAUUUAUUUUGAAAUCUGUUUGGUCUAAUUUAAUAGUUUUAUAUAGAAUUGAAAAUAUCAUUGCUGAAUACAAAAUUGCGGAAGCUAUGAGAAUGUUUCAAAAUUCUGUACCAUCUGAGUUUGGAAUUACUACUCAAAGUAACACUGUUCUUGGAAUUAGUGAGCAAUGUAUAUCUAUUUUAAAAUCUUUACCUGAAACUGAGUCUUUGGUGGAGAAAUUAAAAAUUUUGGUUCAAGUAUCUCAAAUUAUCUGUGGUUCACCUUCUCAUGGCAGAACAAAUCAAAAAACAAGAAUUGGAGCUGAUGAAUUUAUGCCAAUACUGAGCUUUAUUCUUGUAAAGUCUAAACUACCUCGUAUGUCGUCUGAAUGUUAUGCAAUUGAACAAUUGUUUGAUGUUAAAUUUAUGUUUGGAGAAGAAGGAUAUGCGUUAUCAUCAUUUCUGACUGCAUUCAAGUAUAUUGAAAUGAAAAAACUGAUUGAUGGAGGUAACAAAAAAGAUGACGGGUGAGGACAAUAAGAAGAAAAAAAAUUAUUUAUUUUGAAUGUUAAUUUUGUUUUACACAAUAUCUAGUCUAUAUAUUUAUAGAGAUUUGUUGAUGUAUUUGAUUGAGAUAUUAUUGAUUAUAAAGUAAAUUUUGUUACUGUAAAGUGAAGUUUGUAUUUUCUAAAAUAAAAUUGUAUACAAAAUAUG